UGUCUUUCCCUCAUUGACUCCGACGCCGCAGCCGGUCGACUGAUUGGCGUGCUUGCCUAGGACUUUCGUACAGCUCCGAAAAAAACAAAACAAAAAACAAAAAAACAAACAAAAAAAAUUACAAUAAAAGUAAUUUUAAUCUCACAAAGUGAUAUUUCGAGAGAAAAGAACAUAGGGAACAACAGUGAGAAUCAUACAAAGAUAUAUAUAUAUAUAUAUAUGUACGUAUAAUAUAUAUACAUUUAAAGAUUAUUAUGGAGCAACUAGGGGAAUUUCGAAGAAGAUUAUGGAACUAAAACGAAUUAUAUUUAAAAGACAACAGUAUCUUGUAUACAUUUAUGAAAACGGGUGGUGUUGACAGAAAGACAGAAAGAAAGAAAAAAACGUAAUAAAUGAUUACGAGGAAUAACUAAACAAAUAACGUACUUCUUUAUGAAUACCCGGAAUAAUAAUAAUAAUAAUAAUAAUAAUAAUAAUAAUAAUAAUAAUAAUAAUAAUCUCGUCCGAUAUCCAACGAAAGAUCGAGAAAACUUCGGAAAUUACUCCUGGAUACAAUAAAAGUCAAAAGAAUACUUAAAAGAGAAAAAUAGAAAACGUUAAACAGCAACUAAAAAGAUCCGACUAAAAUAUACAGAACACAACAGUUAGUAAUUUUAAAAAGGAGAGGAAAAAAGGAAGGAACGUUUAAAUUGUCAAAAUAUUGUCACAUGUACUUCUGCACUGAUCGAAAACUCUUUCGUCUGCUGUAUUGAACAAAUUCCAGAAAAACUUAUAUUGACUCACAGCUAAUUAGCAUUAGAAGACCUCACCCUCCUCCUGUUCAGGAUGUGUGACAAAGAGAAACUAAUUGCUGAACUACGAUCCCGCCUCUCGUCUGUCGGGAGGCUGGAGAAUGAGGAGGAUUUCUUUAUUUCCACUGAAAAUCUUUGCCGGUUUCUCAAAGCAAGAGACUGGGAUAUUGAUGUUGCCGAGAAAGCUUUGAAAGCGACUAUAGAAUAUCGACGGACUGUCAAACCACUAGAAGUAGAUUGUCAGUGGUGUCACGAUCGACCUGGAUAUCAUUCAAUUAGACAAGUCGGGUUUGAUGAAUUGGGCCGUCCAGUUAUCUAUUCCAGUUUCAUACAGACAACCGCACGGAAAAUCACAGUUGAAGAUUCUAUCAGACACGUGACGUACCUUAUUGAAAAUGCCAAAGUAACAAUGAGACCUGGUGUUACCACGUGGGUGUUCAUCAUUGAUUGCACAGGUUUGAGACUUCCUUUAUGCAACCCACGCCUCGGUUAUGGUGUUACUCAGAUCAUGUCCAAUCACUAUCCAGAACGUCUCGGCAUGGUGAUAUGCCUUAACCACAGUCCAGUCUUCCAGGGCGUAUGGAGAGCUAUAAAAGCCUUCUUACAUCCAAACACUGUAGCCAAGAUGCUCCUCAUUCGCUCUAGAAGCAAAGUACAGCAAACGUUCAGUAAAUAUUUCUCCCCUGAACUUACUCAAUGGCUUCUUGAAGAAAUUCGACUCAACAAACAAAAGCCAUUUCCAGCUUCACAAAGGACGUUUUGGAAUAAACCUGCCAAAAAUGGUGAUCAUGACCCAAGAGGCUGUGCAUCCUAUGUUGCUAACUUCAUUGAACCUUACUCAGAGAAAAGCCUCAUAUUAAUUCCUGGCUUUCACAAACCACAUCCUACUAUUUUAGACAGCAUCCGGGGCGUGUUGGAUUCAGAUAAAGAAGCUUCUUUAGAUUCAUCAGAACUCGAAUCAAAUUCACCGUUACCUGCUGAUGAGGAGGAUACCUUAUCAUACAGUGACGAUGAACUUUCAAAUAUGGCUGAUAUCACUAUUGAUGAAGAAUUUCAAAUUCCUAAAGAUUCAAUUCCUAUAAGAUCUUAAACGUAUUUUUCCAAUAUUUUAUUUCAGAUUAACUUAAAUAACACCAUAUUGAAUCUAAUUUCAUGAGAUUAUGUUUUAUUUAGAGUAAAUUCCAUAAAAUUAAUAUGGCA